AUUGGCCACAUCAUUGAAAUCUCCCUUUAAAAGAUGGCCACAACUUCACUAACAAGCUAGAAAGGCUUCAUCCAACUGAAACAAACAAAAAAAUGGAUGUAGAGAAAGCCUUCCACAUGACUGGAGGAGUUGGCAAAACUAGCUAUGCCAAGAAUUCCUCACUGCAGAAGAAGGCAUCUGAUAAGGCGAAGCACAUAAUCAUACAAACAGUUGAGGAGCUUUACCUUGCAACAACUCCCAUGAGCAUAGGCAUUGCUGAUUUGGGUUGUUCCUCUGGACCAAACACCCUUUCAAUCAUCAAAGAUAUCUUUCAGACCAUCCAAGGCAUAAGCCACAAGAUCAUGCACCACUCCACUGAGUUCAGGGUCUACUUCAAUGAUCUCCCAACAAAUGACUUCAAUUCAAUUUUCAAGGCCCUGCCAGAGUUCCACAAGUUGCUUAGGCAAGACAGGAAAAAUGGCCUCCCUUCCAUUUUCAUGGGAGGCUACCCUGGCUCAUUCUAUGGAAGAUUAUUCCCAAACAGUUACUUGCACUUUGUCCAUUCCUCCCACAGUCUACACUGGCUUUCAAGGGUUCCUCCAGCACUCUAUGAUGAGCACAAAACACCAUUGAACAAAGGUUGUGUUUAUAUCUGUGAGUCAAGCCCUUCUGUGGUGUCUCAAGCAUACUCUCUUCAAUUCCAAGAAGAUUUUUCCUUGUUCCUUCGGUCAAGGUCCGAAGAACUGGUAGUUGGUGGGAGAAUGGUUCUGAUAUUUCUGGGAAGAAGGGGCCCAGAACAUGUUGACAGAGGCAACUCUUUCUUUUGGGAGAUUCUUUCCCGUUCAUUUGCUACUCUAGUCUCACAGGGAGAAAUAGAGCAAGAUGUGUUUGAUUCAUAUGAUGUACAUUUCUAUGCACCAUCAAAGGAAGAGAUAGAAGAAGAGGUAAAGAAAGAAGGGUCAUUGAAGUUGGAGAGGCUAGAGAUGUUUGAGAUGGACAAAGUUGAAGAUAGCAGUGAGAGCUAUGGAACACAGGUUGCUGUAGCAGUUAGGGCCAUUCAAGAAUCGAUGAUCUCUCACCAUUUUGGAGAGAGAAUCUUGGACAGUUUGUUUGAAAACUAUGCAAGAUUGAUAGAUGAAGAAAUGGCUAAGGAGGAUAUUAGACCAAUCUCUUUUGUUCUGGUUCUCAGAAAAAUAUAAUUGAUUCAACUAAACAACAAAAUUAAUCUUCUAUUAAGGUUAUUAAUUAUUUAUUUUGGUUUGCAGUAAUGAGACGUGUUUAAAUUGCAGCCAUUUGCAUCACUGUAAUCAUGAUUAGUUCAAUGUAAAGUCUUGCUGUUUCACUUUCCUUCAUUUAUGUAUACUUUUCCAACUGGGGUGAUA